AUGGAUGUUGUAGAAAGGAGGAUUUCAUCUGGCUAUGCCAAACCUCCAUGGACAUUCAAAGGAAGGCAAGAACAUCCCUUUUUGAGAAUUGCCUUGUACCAGAUCCAUCUUGUGAAGGCUGCUACUGCUCGUGCAUUCAUCCCUAAGGAACUUAGAUUAGUUGAAGCUUUUGGGUACACUCUUGGGGGGUUUUUCCUUGCUAGCUACGAUGAUAGCCCCGUCGGUGCCUUUGAUGAGCUUGUGGUGAUUGCAGGAACUGUAUGGAACCCUCCUACAUCAUGCGCAUGGGCCGCUAGGGUGCUUGUGAACAGUGAUGAGGCUUGUCACCACGGACGCAAGGUUGGUGGGUCUUACUUUGUCUCUUUAUUAAUGAUGCAUUAUUAUUAUUAUAACAUUGGUGGUGUUUUGUUGCAGGAAGUAGGACUCCCAAGCCAAGUUGCAAGAUUUUCAAAAAAAAUCACUGCAGUUCCAAAGCGAAAAAGGGAGAGAGGUUUUGGUUUCUUGGACACAUUUGGGCUAGGAACUACUCUGUCUCACCCUGAAGAGAUGGUCGAGGUUAAGGUUAGUGAAGUUGAUGGUGCUGCUUGUGCCGAUAUCUGCAGUAUCAAAGUUAGAUCAGACGAAAUGGAGAAAAAACUCGGAAACUGGAUGGGACCAGCAAUCAAAAUGUCACUGCCAAGUUUUAGUGGCAAUACAAAGUACUUUCUAAACCUGCUAAAAUACUCUUGCCACCUCCACUGCAGGGUGAGGCCUGUGAGACCUGCGGUUGUAUCAGAUCCAUUGGAUGAUGAGACAGAGAACUUUAAUCACACAUCACAAGAGUUGCUUGAAAAUGAAAGGAGGCUAAGCAUAGCUGUGAUGCUAUCAAAACCAAUCAUAGCUCUUGAGUUUAAAGAUUUAACAAUGCAAGUAGAAGCUCCUGUUGUAGUUUAGCACAGCACUAAAGUUCCAAGAACAUACACUUCCUUC